AUGAUUUCAAAAAGGGCAACGAAGCGAUUAAACGAAGAACCAGAAAACGGUGAAAUUUCAAAAAGGCGUCGUAAAACUCUUAGUUUUACACCUUUUAAACAAGUCGGAAUUCCUAUAAGUUGGAAGUUCGAUUUACGAAAGUUACGGGAAGCGGUACGCACGUCAGUUUCUCACUGCCAGUACGUCGAUCCAUACAAACGUGAAAGACUUGGAAAUGCGGUUUUUGAAGCGCUAAGUGGACAAAAAACGAUGAAAGCUGCUGCUACUGCACAUAAGGUACCAUUUACAACUUUACAAACUUAUUUCCAUCGUUCGCGAGCUCGGAUGGCAAAAAUAAUGAAUGAUAAUGACAAUGCACUGCCUGAACAAAUUCCGAUCCCCAUACCUCUUACCCUUUCUUCAUCUGAUGUGAAUAACGCGCUCACAGAAGAAAAAUUUCCAGUAGAAUUUAAAAAAUCAAAGCGACUGGAUGCACUGUUGGAUGUUCUUAUGAGUAGAGUAGUGGCAAGUGAUACCUGCAUUAACGGGACUUUAUCGCCCUCAGAUUUCGCACCUCGAAAAUUGGGUUCUAAUAAAAGAAAGCCAAAGGAAGUCCAUCGAAUAACUCCGGUGACGGCAACAAAAAAUGAAAGCCUAGUGGAUUUUGAGUCACCAAACAGACUCACUGAUCAAUCAGAAACAAUACAGAAUGAUCCUGCUGAAAGUAAUACUAUGAAAUCAAUAACUGCGAAAUAUAAUAAAGAAGAAGUAAUGGCAAUAAUCAGAUCUGCGAUAUCGAAUUCUUCUCUGGAUGAGAAAACCAAAAAAUUAGUGGAAGGAGUAAUUGAUGGAAUACUUGACAAAUCGCUGAAUAUUGAUGACAUGUGUGCUUUUUUAACUUUGGGUCCUGCUUUUGCAAACUCCAGUGUUUAUCGAGUUGAACAAAAUUUGGACAUUCCGGAUAGAAUGCUUCAUAAAAAUGAAGUUGAUUUCGAUGAGGCUGCUGAAAACCACAAUCACGUACCACAUUUGUCGGGAAACUAUGAACGUUUGGGUAAAAUGGGAAAAUGCGCAAAUGAAGUUCAUCGUUUUUCGCAUUACCCAGCUUUGCAGGAAGAAGCGUUGCACAAAGCUAUUGCAAUGGUAAUUCGUGGCGAAUAUAGUGUUAGUGGAGCAGCAAGUAUUAUGGAAUUGCCUACAUCAACCGUGCAUCCUUAUGUCCGAGCUGCAUUAGAGAUUUUUUUGCCGCAACAGACCGAAACAUUGGAUAGAGAAACAGCAGCUGAUCAAUGUAUCCAACGCAAUGGUUCUGUUUCGGAGGAGGUUGAGAUAGUGAUCUCAAGUCUUAUGAAAAUUCCAUCGUAUGACCCGGAAGCACAAAAAAGAUUUCACGAUGCACUUUCUGAAGUUUUAACGAAAGAUGUUCCAGUCGAAGAAGUUUCCAGCAAAUAUGGGAUAGCAGUUGCUGCAUUUCAACCGUACAUUACGAAAGCCCGCGUGUUGCUUGGACAAUCACCCUAUCCAACAUCAUCUAAUAUCGAGGAAAUAUCAACGGAGCUAGGUGCAAAGUUAUCAAAUAGUAGUGAGGAAUACGUAGAUGAAGAAAAUAAUUUCAACAAGAUGCUCACAAACACCGAAUUUUUAUUAAGGAAUAUUUCUACUGAUGAUACUGUCUUUACAAUUGCUGCUACUGUUCAUCCAAAUAUAGCAGAAGAUUUUUCAAAGCAUGAAAAUCGGUAUAAUGCCGAAAACAGGUUGACGAAAACAGGUGAAUCAAUCAAUGACAACUCUCACACCGAACACUUACUGAGUGGCGCAAUCAGUGAUCUUAAUAGGAAUAGUAACGAAUUUGAUGAUGCUAUCCACAUUCAAUCAGAUGAAGCCGAAAUUCGAUCUAAAUGCGGAAAGCGAAUUGAAAAUAUGAAUUCUACAAGUUCUGAAAAAAUAGAACUAUCAACAAAGAACAUUGUAGCUUUGCAUAGUAAAACUAGAAGUGAUGGUAGUGAUGACGAAUUUGAUGGCUUUCCACGUUCAAUUCGAGGUGUAACAAAACUUCUUUCCGAUACGAAGCUGGACAAAUUAAGUACGAAGCACUAUGCCGGAACGCCGGAAAAUCUGGCUAUUAAAAUAGACAAGGUUUUGCGUCAGUAUCGUUUUCGCGGUGACCGUAAAAAAAUGCGCAAUGGAAUUCUCGAAGUUCUCUACAAAUCGAAAACUCUUAGUGAGGCUUGUAAAGGGAAUAGUUUGGCUCCAACAACGUUAAGUACAUAUGUUCGUUUGGUAAAAGUGCUCAUCAAUGCAGAGAAAACUGGCUUGAAUGGAAAAAGUGCUGCAACUUCAUAUUCAAAUAAAGUUACAAAUGUUGAAAAUGGCAAGGAUUCAAGCUGGUCAGCUGAUUCAGCGAAUAAUGGUUAUUUCGAGCAAUUAACGAAAAAAGUAGACCGAAACCUUCCCAUGGAUUCACCUAGUUUAGCAGAAGAAGACACGAAGACUGGUGCUGAACCGCUCGUUCAAAAUGUUGAUGUGAUGUUGUUACAUACGAAACCGAUAAUGAAUAAUUUGGAAAGCUUUUACAAAGUGCUGAUUGCUUACCUUAUCGAACAGCAGUACCGACGAUCUGAGGAAGCACAAGAAAAGAUGCGUACAAGUUUGGAAUAUGUAUUACUCGACGGCUUAUCGGUUGCUGAAGCUUUGAGAGUUCAUAAAAGUCCAACAGAGCAUGUUUUGCAGGUUUAUUUAAGUCGAUGUCGUGAAGUUAAUAGGUGCAUAAAGACGGAGUUUUCAAAUUUUAAAUCAAAUGUCAUACGCGCAAUAAGAAGGAAUUUAAUGAACGAUAAACAAGAUGUGGGAGCAGUCCAAAUGCACAACAAUACAACUCGGCUUGCAAAAAACAACAUAAAGCGUUUCAACAAACGGCUUCAGAAUAAGGAGUUGAUGACUACAGAACCGACUGUGGGUACUUUGAAACAUCUUAACUUGAUUUUUUCUGAAGAUUUUCGCAGACCACUGUAUGAUUAUUUAAAAAAGCUCAGUGGUGUGAAUUUUCCUAUUGAAGAUUCCCUCAUCGUUGGGUUGGCAAAAAUGAUUGUUAAUGGAUUUCCAAUAAGCAAGCAAAUCUUUUUUGCGGAUACAAUCUGGGAUGAGUGGUUAUCAAAUUAUCGUAAGGAAUAUCCAGAAUUUGGGUAG